AUGGCUUCCUCGUCUUCAUCUUCCGCUCAACAAUUUGUGAUCUCUGCUCUUGGUUUCCUCCCAGUCAGCGAGAAGCUGACACGAGGAAAUUUCCCGCUUUGGAAAGCACAAGUGAUCACGGGCAUUAGAGGAGCAGAAGCUUUCGAGUUCCUCAGCCCUGGUGCAGCGCCGCCGGCCAAGUACCUGGCGAAGAAGGCGGGCGAUGAUGACAAGGAGCCGCCGAUCCUGAAUAAGGAAUACACCACGUGGGUGGCAAAGGACCAACAGGUCCUGAGCUAUCUGUUUGUGUCCUGCGGGCAAGAGAUCCGUCAACAGAUCUCGUCUGCGACCACUGUUGCCCAGGCUUGGGCCAAGAUCGAGGAGUUCUUCUCCUCCCAGUCUCGUGCACGUGUGAUAAGCACCCGGAUGGCGCUGGCAACGGCGUCCAAGGGUAAUUCCACCGUUGCUGAAUACUACACCAAAAUGAAAGGUCUCGUAGAUGAGAUGGCUUCUACGGGACGACGUCUCGAGGAUGAUGAGAUGGUAUCCUACAUCCUCACGGGUCUUGGCGAUGACUAUGACUCCGUCAUGACUUCUGUCGCCAACAGGGUGGAGCCGAUCUCCUUGGGAGAGCUCUACACCCAACUUGUUGCGCAUGAGUAG